GAAGAAGUCUGACGGACUCGUCGCUGACUAGCUAGCUUUUCUUACCGUUCAGUUAGUUUAGAUCUGUGCUUUAGCUGUCUCUCGUAAACAGAUUGGCUAUUGUUUAACAGUUGGUGGACUAAAGUGACCCGAGGCGUGAGAGAAUAUGCCCAAGAAUAAAGGUAAGGGAGGAAAAAAUCGGCGACGUGGAAAGAACGAGAAUGAGUCCGAGAAGAGAGAGCUGGUGUUCAAAGAGGAUGGACAGGAAUACGCUCAGGUGAUUAAAAUGUUGGGGAACGGACGUCUGGAGGCCAUGUGCUUUGAUGGAACCAAGCGGCUUUGCCACAUCAGAGGAAAACUCCGGAAAAAGGUUUGGAUUAACACGUCGGAUAUCAUCCUAGUUGGGCUGAGGGAUUACCAGGAUAACAAAGCUGAUGUCAUCCUCAAGUACAACGCGGAUGAGGCUCGCAGUUUGAAAGCUUAUGGAGAGCUGCCAGAGCAUGCCAAAAUCAACGAGACAGACACCUUUGGACCAGGAGACGAUGACGAGAUCCAGUUCGAUGACAUUGGCGAUGAUGAUGAAGACAUUGAUGAUAUCUAAAGUCCUGCUACUGGAGGGGAAAAGUGGGAUUUUACUAGAGAUGCUCCAACUGGGAUAUUUUGAACAGUGCACACAUAAUUCAUUUUUUUUGUUUUGUUUUUAUUUUAAGAUCAGCCUAUGCCAAUCCAUGGUUCAUUAAUACACAGCAUGUUUAUUCCAGUUUGUUCACCAUCAGUAGACGUAUUUGUUGUUCUUCUAGUACAUUUCACACGAGGGAAAACACCAUCAGUACUUUGAUUUAAUGUUGAAUGAGAAAGACUGUUGCAGCAGGCUGCCUGGUAACAGAUGACUACACAGGUAGUUUGCUUUUAUUGCCUUCAUGCCGCCAGGUUGGAGACGCAGAGUAGGCUGAUCAGCAUCAUAGUUAGGAUGAUCUGGAGCAUUCCUAGAUCUUUAUAUUUUACUUCUAACAUUAAAAAAAAGGCAUAUUUGCCACCUUCAUGGAGUUUCCUUUUUUUUCUUUACUGCCUUAGAAACACUCUGUGUUGUAGAGUUUAACAUCAGGAAUAUCUCACACCAAAUGCACCAUCUUUUAAAAAUGUAUUUAUAUUAAUUUCACACUAUGUGGAAUUUAGAAACAGAAUCUCUGGAUUCGCCAAUAAAAAGAUAAACCAUGA